AUGGACGAUCUCUCGGCUCGAAAUCGGGAUGGCCAGCAGCUGUUGGAAACUGGCCAGGAGCAAGAGGAAGAAGAAGACCUUGGAGUUGCUGUUGUUCAACAUGUCGGACCCAACGACGUUCAUGAGGCAGAUGGAGGAAACGACGAGGAAGCAAGUAGCCACAAUGAAAGAGAAGAAGGAACUGGCCAGGAUCAAGAGGCAGAAGAAGACCCUGGAGUUGCCGUUGUUCAACAUGGCGGACACAACGACGUGCAUGCGGCAGAGGCAGGAAACGACGAGGAAGCAAGUGACCACAAUGAUAGAGAAGAAGAUCAUGACCCACCACUAGCACCUCAAGCUCUCAAGGAGGAAUACGGAAUUCUUGACACCAUAGAGCAGGCCAGACGAAGUAUUGGAAUUUGUGCGGAAGAUUAUUUUCCAGGAUUCCUCCUGCACUUUGGCUUGGAUGAACAAAUGGAAACUUCGAUGAUUGUCUACGACUUUGCUAAAGGUGACAAACAAGUCUUUCGGUGUCGAGAUAAGGUCGGCAAUUGUAUCUGUUGUGGAUACUAUGUCUCCCAUGCAAAAUUCUCCAAUCUGCAAUUUGUCCGUAAGGGCAACAUUCAUAUUAUGGAGUGUUCUGGGUAUGACUUUUCCUUGAACAUGUUUGACAUCCAGAUAAUGAAAAAGCUGACUAUUGAAGUAUGUGGCUCAUACCCAUCCACCUUCCUCCAGUGUUUCUUGUAUCAUACGCCACUGGCAUUCAAUGUACUGGCAUCCAUGAUCAGACGAUCGCUCCCAGACAACCUCAAAUCCAAGUUCAAUGUGGGGUACACUUUUUCAGGUCGCCUGGAUGAAUUCUAUGGGCUUCCAACACCAGAGGCUGCUUCUCGGCGAGCUGUGGAUAAUUUGUGUGAAGCUCUCCAAGUUCGAUAUGAAAAUGAAAGGACCUUCUCACUUUGA